AUGGCUCCUGCUGCCGCUCUCCUGCUGGCUCCGCUCCUCUUGGGGUCCCUCUGGGGGCUCUCCGCUGCAGGCUCCCUCUUGAGCCGGUUUGGGGAGCAUGUACGGGAAGCGCAGGCUGAGCUGGGGGAGCAGAGUUCAGCGAGGGAGGGCUGGCUCUGGCAGCCCCUGGAUCCCUUUAACAGCUCGGACCGGCGCUCCUUCCUGCAGAGGUACUGGGUGAACGCCGGGCACUGGAGGGCCCCAGACGGCCCCGUAUUCCUGCACAUCGGGGGUGAAGGCAGCCUUGGGCCGAGCUCUGUGCUUAAAGGUCACCCUGGGACCCUGGCCCCCCACUGGGGGGCUCUGGUGAUUUCUCUGGAGCACCGGUUUUACGGCCACAGCGUUCCCCCAGGAGGCCUGGGCCUGGAACAGUUGCGCUUCCUGUCCAGUCGGCAUGCCCUGGCUGACGUGGCCUCCGCCCGCGUCCACCUCUCUCGGAUCUACAACAUCUCGGCCUCCAGUCCCUGGGUCAGCUUCGGCGGUUCCUAUGCCGGCUCCUUGGCUGCCUGGGCCCGGCUGAAGUUCCCCCACCUCAUCUGGGCAGCUGUGGCCUCCUCAGCUCCCGUGCAAGCCCAGCUGGACUUCUCCAGCUACAACCGGGGAGUGUCCAGGAGCCUGGCGGACCCCACAGUGGGUGGAUCCCUGAAGUGCCGGAGGGCCGUGGCCCUGGCCUUCUCCGAGCUGGACCGUGGCCUGUCCGAAGGCACGGAGGCUCGGGCCGCCCUGCAGUCGGCGGUGAGGGCCUGUGGAGCCCUGGAGGCCCCGGAGGACCAGGCUGAGCUCCUGGAGCAGCUGGAAGGGCUGGUGGGGGCGGCCGUGCAGUACGACCAGCAGGCCGGCGCGCCCCUGGACGUGAGAGGCCUCUGCCACCUCGUCCUGGCCAACCGGAGCGGGGGGCCCCUGUCGGGGCUCCGGGACGCCGUCCAGCGCGUCCUGCAGGCCCUGGGCCUCCCCUGCCUGCCCAGCUCGAGAGCAGCUGCUGUGGCCGCCCUGAGGGACACCAGGCCCCGGGCCACGGGCCCUGGGGACAGGCAGUGGUUCUAUCAGACGUGCACAGAGUUCGGAUACUACAUCACCUGUCAGGACCCCAGCUGCCCCUUCUCCAGGCGCAGUGUGCUCUCCGCCCAGCUCCAGCUGUGUGCCCAGGUGUUCGGGCUCUCGCCGGCCUCCGUGGCCGAGGCUGUGGCCCGGACCAAUACCCUACUCGAGGGGCAGGGUGACAUCGACCCUUGGCACGUGCUGGGUGUGCUGCGCGCCCCGCGGCCUCGAGCCAGCAGCUACUGGGGAGCACGUCCCACUGCUUAG